UUAUCCCCAUUCACUUCACAUGCUUUUGUUCUCCCCAUAAAUACACCUCUUUCAUUCUCAUUCUUUCCGAACACAAACUAUUCCCUUCUAAUCAGGUGCCCCCUCUCUCAUUUCUACUAUUAUUUCCCUUCAAAAUUCUCUCCCAAAAAAAGAAAAGAUGGCUCUAAAGAAAGCAAGUCAAACAGCAGCACUCAAACAAAUCCUCAAAAAGUGUUCUAGCUUUGGGAAAAAUGAGAAUGGCCUGCCAAGUGAUGUCCCAAAAGGACAUUUUGUUGUAUAUGUGGGAGAAAAUAGGAGCAGAUACAUAAUUCCAAUUUCUUGGCUAACACAUCCUGAAUUUCAAACUUUGCUUCAAAGGGCUGAAGAAGAAUUUGGAUUUAACCAUGAUAUGGGAAUUACUAUUCCUUGUGAUGAAGAUGAUUUCUGCUCUCUAAUUUUAAUGUUUAGAUAGACAAUCAAAACUAAUUUGAGUUGUUCAUCAAGUUGAUUAGACCAGUUUUGACCAGAUGCACUAAAGUCUUGCUAAGUACACGAGGUUCGAGAAUGGGUGGAUCUAGCAAGUCAAAGUGGAUUGCUAAAAAAUUAAUUGUGAAUACUAGAAAGGAACCCCCUUCGUUAAAUUUUAUUAUAUAUUGGUUUCAUGUACUUAGUUGUUUUCGUCAGUGGUGUUCAAUUUGCACCCGUCGAAAAUUCUUGUUUAUGAGAAUCAAAUU